AUGGCGACGGGACAUGGGGGAAACACCAAUGAUCGGCCUUUGCCUUUCAAACGUCGCCUCGCAGGGUCAUCCGGGUCGGCCAAGCUGAGAACCAUAGCCAGGAUGGUCGAUUCCUCAACUAUUGGCCGAUUAAAGCUCGGCCUGGAGUCUAUUUGCUUUUAUCCCCUGACGCCUUGCCUGAAUUACGCACAUGUCCGAACAUCCAACCCUGACUCGACCACGACGCCUCAGCCCGAACGUCAACGCAACAAAAACACCCGAUUUGUCCGCCUACAUUUAUCCCAGCCCGACCUCCAAGGAAUUAUCACUAGCCCGUCCCGCCCGCGCUGGUCGGUUCUGUUGAUCGGUUUCCAUUGGUUGCAUACUGUCGCAGACUGCAGGGGCGCAAGGACAUCCGGCCGCGCUUAUAACAAUUGA